GCCGACUACUCCAACUCCAACUGAAACUCAAAGCCACCUGGACGUCACAUCGAGCUCUUCGAUGUUUGGGUCAAGCCGAGCUCUUCGUCCACCUUCGCCUGCCGGCGUUUGAUGGCUCAAGCAGAAAAACACGUCAGCACCCACCGCUUUCAGCAUCUUCUUAGCCCUUUUCGCAGCGAAAUGGCCAGCUUUUCAUCCGCAAAGGCUCGCGCGAGCAGCUUGAAGAGUGAGGGCAUGGAACUCAUCAUGGCAACGAAGGCCCGCGCCGUCAAGAUUGUAGAGCAGACAACCGUGAAGAUCGCCUCGGUGCAGAGCCGCCUCACAGAGACCGCCAUGCUGCGGGGGGAGAGGCUCUUGACUUCCGCCAAGUCAUUGAAAGCCACUGCUGCUCAGAGCCUAAGCGAUGUGAAGACCGCCACGCGCAGCAGCUACAGCCAGCUGCGGCAGGUGGGGCUUCGCAGCUGGGUUGGUGACCAUUUGCAGCUCGUGCGCGGAUACAUGGCCGCUGGUAUCUCCAAUUGGCAGGAAAAAGCCAUGAAGAGCUAUCAAGCGUCGAAAGCCCGCAGCUUGGCCUUCCUGGCCUCCACUCGAAAGGCCCUCUUGGACCGUGUUCAGCAGGCGAAGGAUGCCACAAAGCUGCAGAUGGCAGCCAAGCGCUCGCAGGCAUUGAAGACGGUGGAGCACGCGAAGGCCAAGGCUGUGGAGGCCAAGGACAAGGCAGCUGCGUUCGCCCGGGAUGACCAUGUGCGUGCUACAGCACUGGGCGUGGCUGGUGGCAUGACCACACUGGGAACCACUGGGGCAGCCACUGGCUUGUGUGCGGGUACUGCCGUGGGUGCUGCCCUUGGUGUGGUCCCAGCCCUCUUCACCUUCGGGCUUUCCAUCCCACUGGGUGCCGCCUUGGGCGGUGGUGCUGGGCUCUUCAUGGGAACCGCCGUGGGCGCCACCGCCGGUGCUGUCAGCGGCGGAGCCGCGGGGUAUGGUGCCUAUGCCAAGCGCGGGGAGAUCCAGGAGUUGCGCAGCAAGACGAUUUCACGGAUUUCCUCGGGCGUCGAUGUGGUCAAGGGCAAGGCCACCGCCUCUGCGGAGUUCCUGAAGGACAAAGCAUCGGCCGCACGCGCACGCAUGGUGGGCGUGUCGAGCGCGUGAAGUGACGGGGUUGGGGCGUGUCGAGACUGAAGGGAACGAACGCCGAAACCCUGCAGAAACAUAGGCCAUUGCACUCAGCAACCUAUCAUGUUGGUUCAGAAGUUCAGAUCCAAAACUUCAAUUGAAGGGGUAGGAUGAGACGACCAACAAAGGUGGGAUCCAGCAGAUUUCCCAUGUCUUGAGACAGGCCCUGGUACCCAGGUCUCAUGUGUUUUUGCUUGUACAGCCUGACAGCAGAGAUUUUGCCCCAUUGCCUCCUCCGGCGUGGGCCGGCAUGCUGAUUCCCAGACGGCUUGGGCCUUUGGGAAGUUCGGCAUGAGGGCGUUUUCUGAGCAGCACGGCAUGAGGCUACGCAAAUGCUCCAAUUCAUCCGCCUGCGGAUGUGCCAUCCUGGCCUAAUCCCCCAAAUUCAGAACAGAUCUGCACGCCACUGGACCAUUGGACCUUUUCGAAAAGGAUCGAUUCAUGCGGUGUCCAAAA